AUGAGCACCAUCUGGCACCCAGACUUGUUGAGCAGGGACCCCGUCGUCGUCAAAGAAGAGCCCGACGACGACCACCACCAACCCCCCGCCGUCAACGUCGAACCUCCCACGGACGACCAUGGAGAAGACGAAAAGUCGGAGGAUCUCGCGGGGAAGGGGACGACGAUUUGGCGACCCAACCUCGACCGGCUGUACGCCAGCGUCGCCGAGAUGGAGGGAUCGGAGAGCGAAGUGGAGGAGAAGGACGUGACGAAGAAGGGCGUGAAGCGGAAAAGAGCCCCUCCCACGAAGGGGCCAUGCGAGCACGGGGUGAAGUACCGGUCGAAUUGCAAGGUGUGCAGGGCUUGUCCGCACGGGAAGUGGCGCCGUUUUUGCAAGGAGUGCGGUGGGUCUCAAAUCUGCGAGCACGGCCGUUAUCGCUCUAAGUGCAAGGAGUGCGGUGGGUCUCAGAUCUGCGAGCACGGCCGUCAGCGCUCUCAGUGCAAGGAGUGCGGCGGGGGGUCAAUCUGCGAGCACGGCCGUCGGCGCUCUCAGUGCAAGGAGUGCGGCGGGUCUCAAAUCUGCGAGCACGGCCGUCAGCGCUCUAAGUGCAAGGAGUGCGGCGGGGGCUCAAUAUGCGAGCACGACCGUCGCCGCUCUCAGUGCAAGGAGUGCGGUGGGUCUCAAAUCUGCCAGCACAAUCAUAUACGCUCCACGUGCAAGGAGUGCGGCGGGGGCUCAAUCUGCGAGCACGAUCGUAUUCGCUCUUCGUGCAAGGAGUGCAAGAAAUAG